GCCUCAGUUCCACGUCGCUUUUAAUCUACGCGCAAGAAUGGCAGGAGGUCUGCGGAGAAAAAGUCCCAGUGCUCCGUCCCCGCUGUGGGGAAAACUUCACACACUUUGGCAGGACAAGCAUUUGGUCCUGUUUAAGACAGAGCAUACGUUAUUGGUUGUUGCAGUGCUGUGGAUCCUGGAAAUUGGAAUAAACAUCUGGGUCAUACAGAAAGUAGCAUACACAGAGAUCGACUGGAAGGCUUACAUGGAUGAGGUAGAAGGAGUCAUCAAUGGUACCUACGACUACACCCUGCUUAAAGGAGACACUGGCCCUUUGGUGUACCCUGCUGGAUUCGUCUACAUCUUCACGGCCCUGUACUAUAUCACCAGCCAUGGCGUGAACAUCCGUCUGGGCCAGUACAUUUUUGCGGUUUUCUAUCUGGUUACGCUGUUGCUUGUCUUCAGAAUAUACAAUCGCACCAAAAAGGUUCCUCCUUAUGUGUUCUUCUUUGUGUGCUGUGCCUCUUAUCGGAUCCAUUCCAUCUUUGUGCUGCGUCUCUUUAACGAUCCAGUAGCCAUGAUGCUGCUGUUUGCAGCCAUCAAUCUCUUUAUGGAUGGGUACUGGACCCUGGGCUGUGGGGUUUACAGUUUAGCAGUGUCGGUGAAAAUGAACGUCCUUCUUUUUGCCCCUGGAUUACUUUUCCUUCUCUUGUGGGAAUUUGGCUUCAUCAGAACAAUCCCUAAACUUUGUCUAUGUGCAGCCAUGCAGCUUCUCCUGGGUUUGCCGUUCCUUCUGAACAACCCUGUGGGUUAUAUGAGCCGGGCCUUUGACCUGGGCCGUCAGUUCAUGUUCAAGUGGACGGUGAACUGGCGCUUCUUGCCAGAGUGGCUUUUCUUGAAUCGCUACUUCCACCUGCUCCUGCUGGCUGCUCACCUCCUAACCCUGCUGCUCUUUGCUUUCCGCCGUUGGAAGAGACCAGGAGAAAGCAUAUUUGAGCUUCUUAAGGAACCGGGCAAGAGGAAAACCCCUCCUCAGAACGUCACUGCAGAUCAGCUAGUGCUGAUACUCUUUACGUCUAACUUCAUCGGCAUGUGCUUCAGCCGCUCGUUGCACUACCAGUUUUACGUGUGGUAUUUCCAUACGCUUCCUUACCUGCUUUGGAGUGGAGGAGUUAAGAAGCUAGCCCAUCUACUCAGAGUACUCAUCCUGGGCCUGAUUGAGCUUUCGUGGAAUACCUACCCCUCCACUAGCAGCAGCUCUGCAGCCCUUCAUGUCUGUCACCUCAUCAUCCUCCUCUGUCUGUGGCUGGCGCCACCCCUGACCUUGUCCCAGACGGAAAACCAAGAACACUCAAAGAUCAAGGACAAGAGACGCUGAGCCUGAGGGAAAAGGACGUUUGAUCGGAUGCUCCUCCCUUUGAUCGGCAUGCAUCCAUGUCGAGGGGAGUGAAUGUGAAAGACAAUUUUUUUUUAGGAACCAUUUUAAGCUUCUCAUCUUUGUUCCUGUUUAAGUCAUUCAAGCAGCUGAUGCACACAGACGUGCUCACUGCUGUGGCUUGCAGUCAGAAAAUUCUCAGGUGUAGUUUUCUUGUUACAUAAUUGGAAGUUUCAAAGUGCCAAAGAGCUGCGUGCAUAUCAUCGCUGUUUAGAAAUGAUCUGCAACAUGAAAAAAAAAUGGAUUCUCUAAAAACAACUCUUUAUUUAUUGGCCAGCAAAUAAAGAAUGCGAUGGACUAAAGACCCAAAUCAUAUUGUUGUAUAUCAUCUUGAUUCUGAUAUUACUUAAGUCCCGCAUUAUCUCUUUUCUUUUUUGUAUUUUAGGCAAUACUGAAAAUAAACUGUAAACAGUGAUGGUCACCAGUCUGAAUUUGCAUUUAACACAUCUGCAUUAUUUUGGGCACAAAAACCAUUAGUCACUGACACGGGGCAAUAUGGCUUAAAAAUCACAAUUUUCCAUUUUUUUCCCCUAAUCCAAUGAAUCAUUUUUUUUUUUUAAACCUCAAGUUUCAUCAUAAAUUAACAAAUGACAUACAUUACUUUAAAGACUAGCUUUUGUUUUAAUCAUGCCCUCUAGGUGGUGACUUUUAGUUUAAAGGGCAAUGAAAUCAAGCUAUGAAAAAUGCUAGUUUGCAGCUACUGGUAUUAACAGUGAGCUAGGUUAUUAGUAAUGGGUGUACAUCUAGGAACAGGAAGUGAUGUCACUAGGAGCUAUAAAAACCUAUGCCGUGCCUUGGUGGGGGGGAGAAUGGGAAAUCCAGAUUUUCCAAAAUAAGUUAUCUUUACAAGGAAUAAUCAUUUAAACACCUAGCCCUACUGGUAAUGUUUGAUAGUUAUUGCAAUAGCUUUAUUGAAGAAAUGUUUAGAAUAAAGUGUCAUGAGGUUAAAGUCAUAACAACAAAGUUGUGUGAUGAAAUGUGCAAAUUCUGCACAUUGCAAAUUAAAGACCCACCUGGAGUUCUCCUGGGCUGUUUAGUCUGUUGUAUCUUAUGGGUUUUUAUGUUUUAGGCUGGAAUCAUGAGGAGAAUGAGUUGUUCCCUUUGAACAAAGAUGGCUUCCUUCACCCUUGUUAUCUCUUCCAAAUUCUCAGCAUUUAGGUCUUUAAAGGUAUGUCCUUUUUCUUGAGACGGAAGAGUACAGCUGGAUCUUUCCCAGAGCUGCUGGCUCUCCUUCGCUGUGCCGUGUGUGUGGUUGUUGGUGGUUUGUCCAACAUUGGACUCUGAAUAGUCCUCGCUGCACUGGGCCGCAUUAACAAUGCAACUCAGCUUUGGUUUAGAUGUUCUGCCUUUGGGAUGAACCAGUUUUUAUUUGCAUGCGUUGUUGAGUUUUAAAAUGCAUUGGUAUGUUACAGUGUGUUAAGGAAAAUCCUCCUGAGGUUACCAGAAACUCCUGACAUAUGGGGUUACAAUGUAAAUAUAAAGCCAAUAUAAGCAAAAUAAAAUCAUAUUGGCAUAUAAAGCUGUAAUAUUUGUUUUAUAAGAAGUGUAAAACAACCUUUUAUAUUUUAUUUUCACAGUAUUACAACUUUUUUUCUUGUGUACUUGACUUAAUUACGCUAAGGUUACGACUUCAAUCUGGUACAUCUAUCAUUCUGAAUUCAGACUCCUAACUGGAAGAACAUACCUCUUAGCAUGAUCCUAAUUUUCCUCUGUAAAUUAUAUCUUGGGUCAAAUUUCCUUUCAAAGGAGGGGACGAUCAUUUAGCUCCUUCCCCUCAUGUCGGUUUCAUUGCCAACCAGAGGACACAUGGAUCAGGUUCAAUUACAUUUAGGUUUUUUUCCCCCAGUCCAGAUUUCAAAUGGGUAAAAAAAAAAAAAAAUGAUUGGAGAAGAAAAUGAACGUAAUUGGAAAAAAAAUCAAUAUACUGAUUGACCACAGAGUCCUAAUACAAGUAAAGGUGCUUGGUGAAAGUAGGCUAUGAUAAGCGAGUGCACAUCAGUAUGAAGAUGUGACAGAGACUAACAGUCCACAGAAAGUUCAGUUUUAGUCUUGUUUUUUUUUCAUCUGCUGACAAAUAAAUGGCUGCAGCUUAAAAAGGUUAAUUUUAUGAAGUUUUAUAAUUUUCUGUUUCUCUGACCUGUGCUUUAAAUGGACAAAACAUGGCAGAUUAAAAUAAAUCAA